UUGAGAUGGAAUACAAAGCUCAGAACCUCUUCUCUGAAGAUUGUAGAGUUGCUGUUAAUUACAUAGCAUCUUAUGAGCUGCACGUCAGUGAUGCUUAUUUAUCUAUGGCUUGCUAUUACAAUGAAGAAGAGGCUGGAGUACCUCAUUUUGCUGCAUUCUUUGAAGACCAAGCUGAGGUGAAGAGGGAAUAUGCAAAGCAGUUCCUAAGAUAUCUAAGAAGACGUCAGGGUAAAAUCUGCCUUCCAGUGAUUAAGAGGCCUGACAUAGAUAACUGGGGAACAGGCAUACAAGCUAUAGAGUCUGCUCUGCAGUUGGAAAACUCAUUAAACAAACUCUUGCAAGACCUGAAGGCCUUGGCUUCCGAGAAGAGUGAAACUGAUCUUAUUCACUUCAUAGGAAAGUUUCUGGAUAAACAGAAGAGAAACAUAGGCUAUCUGGAAUACCAGCUUAAUUAUCAGAAGGAAUUGGAAAAGCAGGACCAGCAGGAAGGCCAGUUGCAAGAGCCUGCUGAAGCUUCAGGUAAAGAGGCCUAACAUCCAUCGGAGAGUAACACAGCAAAUCUUCCUAUUGUAGCAGGUCCCAACUCAGCUACUUCACAAUUUUGGUCUCAGUUUGAUGGAAGACUGCUUUCCUUUUUAUCUAGUAUCCUAAUCUUCAUUGUUGUGCAUAUAAAUAA